GACGUGCGCGGGGGACGUGCCGCGCGAGGGAUGAGAGCACUUAAAGUCGCCCCCGGCUCGGCGCCGAGCAGCCCAGGCGGACAGAGGCGGACGCUGCGGCUGGCGGUGGCGGUGGCAGAGUACUGUUUGGCAGCACAGCAUUUGUGGAGACUGGACUGAAUACUCAGGUCAGAGGCUGCCCCCCCGCUGCAGCUCAAUUCUUGGGCAAGGUGAAACCAGCCCUCCUGGCUAUGGGAGGAGCCGUGGUGGACGAUGGUCCCACCGGAGUCAAGGCCCCUGAUGGCGGCUGGGGCUGGGCCGUCCUCUUCGGCUGUUUCAUCAUCACGGGUUUCUCUUAUGCCUUCCCCAAAGCAGUCAGCGUUUUUUUCAAGGAGCUCAUGCAUGAGUUUGGGAUUGGCUAUAGCGACACGGCUUGGAUCUCCUCCAUCCUGCUGGCUAUGCUCUAUGGCACAGGGCCAUUCUGCAGUGUGUGUGUGAACCGUUUUGGCUGCCGGCCUGUCAUGCUUGUGGGUGGCCUCUUUGCAUCCCUGGGAAUGGUGGCCGCAUCUUUCUGCAGAAGCAUCAUUCAGAUCUACCUCACCACAGGGGUCAUCACUGGCCUGGGUCUGGCUCUCAACUUCCAGCCCUCCCUCAUCAUGCUCAACCGAUACUUCAACAAACGACGCCCUCUAGCCAAUGGGCUGGCAGCAGCAGGCAGUCCAGUGUUCCUUUGUGCACUGUCUCCACUGGGGCAGCUACUACAGGACUACUAUGGCUGGCGAGGUGGCUUCCUCAUCCUGGGGGGCCUGCUGCUCAACUGCUGCGUGUGUGCUGCGCUCAUGAGGCCACUAGUGGCACCCAAGGCGAGUGGAGGGACUGGGCCCCAUGCACCCCAGCGGCCAUCAAAGCAUCUUUUGGAUUUGAGUGUCUUCCGAGACCGUGGCUUCCUCAUCUAUGCAGUGGCUGCUUCCAUCAUGGUGCUGGGGCUCUUUGUGCCCCCAGUAUUUGUGGUGAGCUAUGCUAAGGAUCUGGGUGUGCCUGACACGAAGGCCGCCUUCCUUCUCACCAUCCUGGGCUUUAUUGACAUCUUUGCCAGGCCCACAGCUGGCUUCAUAACGGGGCUCAAGAAGGUGCGGCCCUACUCUGUCUACCUCUUCAGCUUUGCCAUGUUCUUCAAUGGCUUCACCGACCUGACAGGCUCCACAGCCAGUGACUAUGGUGGCCUGGUGGUCUUCUGCAUCUUCUUUGGCAUCUCAUAUGGCAUGGUAGGGGCUCUACAGUUUGAGGUGCUUAUGGCUAUCGUAGGCACUCAGAAGUUCUCCAGUGCCAUCGGUCUCGUGUUGCUGUUAGAGGCUGUGGCUGUGCUCAUUGGACCCCCAUCAGGAGGCAAGCUGCUGGAUGCCACGAAAGUUUACAAGUAUGUGUUCAUCCUGGCGGGGGCCGAGGUGCUCACCUCCUCCCUUGUGCUGCUGUUGGGCAACUUCUUCUGCAUCAGGAAGAGGCCCGAGGUGACCCAGCCUGAGGAGGUGGCCUCAGAAGAGGAGAAGCUCCACAAGCCCCCUGUGGACUCGAGGGUGGACUCGAGGGAGGUGGAGCACUUCCUGAAGGGACAGCCUGAGAAAAAUGGGGAGGUGGUUCAUACCCCGGAAACCAGCGUGUGAGCGGCCUGG